AAGGGAUAGAAAGAAAAGCAGCAACAAACAGAAAGCACCAUGAAUGAUAUGGAAUUAAUGCUGCAAGAACCUUAUGAAAUUUCAUUCGAAUCAUUAGGUAUUAAUGAUCCUAUUCAAGAUUAUCUUUCUUUCAACAUGGUUGAUUUCUCAUCUAGUUCACAAACACCAACACAAAUUGAACCAAAACAAGCUAAAGAGAUUAUUAACAAGGAAAAAACAUAUAUAGGUGUAAGGAAAAGAGCUUGGGGGAAAUUUGCUGCAGAAAUAAGAGAUACAACAAGAGGAGGAAAAAGGGUUUGGCUUGGAACAUUUGAUACUGAAGAGGAAGCUGCUUUAGCUUAUGAUCAAGCUGCAUUUUCCAUGAGAGGUAAUAAUGCUCUUCUCAAUUUUCAUGUCAAAAGGGUUAAACAAUCUUUGAAAGAUAUUCAAUAUGAUUGCUCUAAUAUUAAUCAUUCUUCUUCUUCACCUGCACUUGCACUCAAGGAGAGAUAUUAUAACCGAAGAAAAUUAAUUUCAUCAUCAAAAUCUAAAAAGGGUAAAGCAGGAAUAUUACAACAAUCUAAGGGUUCAUCAACAAGUAGUGUUUUGGUGUUAGAGGAUUUGGGAGUUGAAUAUCUUGACCAACUUCUAUCCAUAUAUGAUCAUCAAACUACAAGUUUAUGAGAUGAUUUCAUCUGAUCAGUAGUAAGAGUUUGACUUAAAAGUCUCAAAGACGAAACUCAUUGAUAAAAAUUGACCUUAUAGUCUCGAGGUACAAAGUUCAAACUCGUUCAAGAGAGUUGUCACCUUUUGGGUUACUUUAAUUAAUAAACUUGUUUGUAAUUUUCUUUCGGUGUUUUUUAAUUAGUUUUUUUCUUUGGUUGUUUUUAGCACUUUUUACAAUAUGAAUUAAGCUAGGGCAUGCAUAGUACUUUAUGUUUCUUUCAAGUUCUAGCUGCACUGUUUUCCUCUUUGAUUCACUAAAAAUAAAAUGUUUUUAAUGAUUUCUCAAUUUAUUCAUACCUAAGAUUAGUAUUUGAGAAUAAUUGAUGAUGAUGUGUAUGAAAUUGAUCCAUUGAUUGCAACAAAUAUUGUCCUUCAUCCUGCAGAGAGGCUCAGAUAACAAUUUUACAAUCUUUCAACAUUAUUUUCAAACAAAUAAUCACAGGAAAUGAUAAAAGAGAUAGAUAUAUUUAUACAAAUAUAAUUAGUUUACAUGAUUUUCUAUCAUAUAUAUGCAUAAUAGUAUAUAUUGGCAGGAAUUUCUCACAUAUAAUGUAUGGUCUAUAAUUCUUGAAUCAAGAAUAUUGAUGAUUAUUUGAUCAAAAUGCAAUAUAUAUAAUUAGUAUGUGCUUCUCAUGUUAAAUGUAAGACUAAUUUGUAAACCUAACUCAAUUUUUUGUAUAUAUCUAAUAUGCUGUAUGAUAAAAAUACACAUCAUAAAUAUACAAUUAAGGAACUACCAGAUUGUAUAUAUUUACUAUGAGUGACACACUAACACUCCCCUUGGUUGUAUUUAUAAGCCAAAAAGGUUUAGUUAGUUCAGUUACUCCUAGCAACAUCUCUGAGUUGCUUUCCUCCCUAUUGGAUUUGGAUUACCUAUUAUACUUUUUAUUUCUUAUUUUCUAAAAAGUUUCUUUUGUUUUGAUUAGAAAAAUAAUUAAGGAACCAGAUUAUAAAGAUGUUUUGAAACCAUAUGUUUAAAUUGCGGUUGCACUAGUUUAUGUUGCAACCCUUUAUAUUGUGGGUAAAUGUGGCUGAUACUGUUGCAAUUGCAGUUGCAAUAUCGUUGUGUAGAUUUCAAAAUAAAUUUGUAAUAUUACUGUUGUAAUUACAAUUUAAAAUCAUGAUUGAAACCAAUUGAAUGCAUAGUUAGAAAGUAUAGUGGUUUUCGUUUGCUUUACCUAGUUUCUUAGCCUUAGUUUUUUGUGUUUUCUUGCUCUUUUUUAUUUAUUAUUAUUAUAGUUCUUGCUCUUGAUUUUAUUGAACCAGAGUAUUCAUGAAUACACUAAUUUUCUAUACAUUUUUUGCUAGCUCUUUGUUAAUACAAAGAAAAACAAGACAUUCAAUUAUUAGGGUUUUUUGAUGUUGAUUUGACAUUCAGUGCUCUAGACUAUAUAUUUAGGUUUAAAAUAAUUCAGUCUCUCUAAUUGAUACAUAUAUAAACUUGAUAAAGUAUAGCAUUAAUGGAGCAUUUUAAGCAUUGUCUUGUUAGUGGUUCUUGAGUAUGGUGAAGGAGCUGAGGGCUAUAUAUAUAUAUAUAUAUAUAUAUUGGCUUGUAAGUGUGGUAGUUUGAUGUUUUAUAUAUUGAUGUUUCUGACUUCAAUGCUUUUGUUGUG